AGUGGGAUAGUCGUUAGUUGUAAACAUCAAGACCCAUAUUUUCUUCUUUCCCGGCCCAACUUUAUCAAGUUCCAAACCAUUAUAAAUAACAAAUAAUUCAAAAAGAAACCCAGAAAACAUCCCCCUUUUUUCCAUUAAAGUUGAUGGGAGCUCUUAACAAUGACAAAAACCAGCAAUUCUUUACUUGCUCAAAGAGAAAAGCGAUAAAGAAAAAGCACUACUUUGGAUUCAUUGCCCCACUUCCUACACAAAGUAUCUUCAUCAUCCUCUAAAUCAUUCAUACAAUGUUGUUUACCUCUUUAUUCGCAAUCUUGAACCGAAAGACCAAGAGACUGAAAUUGUGGAUACUACAUACGGUAGCGGUGCCGGUGGUGCUGCGAUAUGGCGAGUUCCAGUGGGAGCAGAGCCGAUUUAGGUUCACGGCCGCCGUCGAGGCGGAUGACUCGAGCUCUUACUAUGAUUGAUCCGACUAAAGAUGAGAUUCCGAUUGAUAGUGAACUUGUUCCUUCUUCUCUUGCUGUUAUUGCUCCUAUUCUUAGGGUUGCUAAUGAAGUCGAAGUCGAAAACCCUAGGGUUGCUUAUUUAUGUCGUUUUCAUGCAUUUGAGAAGGCUCAUAAGAUGGACCCAACAUCAAGCGGGCGAGGUGUUCGUCAAUUCAAAACGUAUCUACUGCAUAGACUUGAAAAGGAAGAGGUGGAAACUCACCCAAGGACUAAAAGUGAUCCAAGAGAAAUUCAGGAGUUCUACCAGGACUUUUGUGAGAAGAACAUUAGGCAGGGUGCACAUACAAAGACACUGGAAGAAAUGGCCAAGGUUUAUCAGAUAGCGACUGUUCUGUACGAUGUUUUAAGGACAGUGGUACCCUAUGCAAAAGUUGAUGAAAAGACAGAAAGUUAUGCCAAGGAAGUGGAAAGGAACAGAGAGCAAUAUGAGCAUUAUAAUAUUCUUCCUCUCUUUGAUAUUGGAGUUAAGCCAGCAAUUAUGGAACUUCCCGAGAUAAAAGCUGCAAUUCUGGCUAUACGCAAUACAGACAAUCUUCCCAUGCCUCGAUUAGCAUCUAGUACACAAGGGGAUAACAUUAUUAUGCCGGAGUACAAGGACAAGUCUAUCAAUGAUAUACUCGACUGGCUAGCAUCCAUCUUUGGGUUUCAGAAAGGAAAUGUUGCAAAUCAGAGGGAGCACCUAAUAUUGAUACUUGCAAACAUGGAUGUAAGGGUCAGGAGGCCCGGGGACUAUGAAGUGCUUGAUCCUCAAACUGUCCACCAGCUAAAGGAUAAGAUUUUUAAAAAUUAUGAAAGAUGGUGUGAUUAUCUUCAUUGCAAAUCAAAUCUCAAGUUUCCUCCUGAUGCUGAUCAUCAGCAAUCGGAACUUUUGUAUAUUGCACUUUAUCUCCUUAUCUGGGGUGAAGCUUCAAAUGUUCGCUUCAUGCCCGAGUGCCUAUGCUACAUCUUCCAUAAUAUGGCUAGUGAAAUUCAUGGAGUUUUGUAUAGCAACGUAUAUCCAAUCACGGGAGAGCCUUAUCAAACUAUGGAGCAUAGAGAAAAUUUUUUUCUAAAGGAAACUAUAACUCCAAUAUAUGACGUUGUUCGUAAGGAAGCAAGAAGAAACAAAGGAGGCACAGCAAGCCACUCAGCUUGGAGAAAUUAUGAUGAUCUGAAUGAAUAUUUUUGGUCUAAAAAAUGUUUCAAGUUAGGGUGGCCAAUGGAUCGCACUGCUGACUUUUUUCCGAAAGAGAAAGAGACACAUCCUCCAAGGACGGAAACACAGCCUUACAGAAUGGAGAAACAGCUGAGGCAUGAGCAUGACCAUCAGGAUGCUAUUGGUAAGAGGAAGCCUAAGACAAAUUUUGUCGAAAUGCGUACUUUUUGGCACCUUUAUAGAAGCUUUGACCGCAUGUGGAUAUUCUUCUUACUUGCUUUUCAGACAAUGGUUAUUGUUGCAUGGAGUUCUUCUGGUUCAAUUACCUCAAUAUUUGAUCCGGAUGUAUUCGACACUGUUUUAAGCAUAUUCAUUACUGCUGCUUUCCUCAAUUUCAUGGGAGCAACGCUGGAUAUAGUUCUCAGUUGGAAGGCUUGGGGGAGCUUGAAGUUUUCUCAAAUACUGCGAUAUCUCUUGAAAUUUGUUGUUGCAGCUAUGUGGGCUAUAGUGUUGCCUAUAGGCUAUACCAGCUAUGUGCAGAAUCCAGCAGGGCUCGUACACUUCCUCACAAGCUGGGCAGGAGAUCUUAGGAGUCCUUUAUUUUUCAAAGUUGCCAUUGCCUUAUACAUGGCUCCUAACAUUUUGGCUGCUUUGUUAUUUUUCUUUCCACCAGUACGAAAAUUUGUGGAAAGAUCGAAUUCACGUAUCAUUAUUCUCAUUAUGUGGUGGGCUCAGCCAAAAUUGUAUAUCGGAAGAGGCAUGCAUGAAGACACAUUUUCCCUUCUAAAGUAUAUGCUGUUCUGGAUCUUGCUGUUAAUGUGCAAGCUGGCAUUUAGUUACUAUGUGGAGAUCUUGCCAUUAGUUGGGCCAACAAAGCUAAUAUGGGGUAUGAGAGUUGAUAACUACGAAUGGCAUGAGUUCUUUCCUAAUGCGACACACAAUUUUGGUAUUAUCAUUGCUAUAUGGGCUCCAGUUGUUCUUGUCUAUCUUAUGGAUGCACAAAUAUGGUAUGCUAUAUUUUCUACUAUUGUUGGUGGCAUCCUUGGAGCUUUCAGUCACUUGGGCGAGAUACGCACUCUUGGGAUGUUGCGCUCCAGAUUUGAAUCCGUGCCUAUAGCUUUCAGGAAACGCCUUGUACCAAGAAUGAAAAGGGAAACUCAUCAUAGCCCAGAGGAAGAAGAUAGGGAGGCUCGGAAAAAUGUUGCAAAAUUCUCUCAAGUGUGGAAUGAAUUUAUACAUUAUUUGCGGCUAGAAGAUUUGAUCAGCCACAGGGAGAGAGAUUUGCUUCUUGUACCAUACACAUCAAGUCAGGUUUCAGUUGUUCAAUGGCCUCCUUUCCUUCUUGCUAGCAAGAUUCCUAUAGCACUAGAUAUGGCGAAAGAUUUUAAGAAAAAGGACGAUUCUGAGUUAUUCAACAAGAUCAAGGAUGACGACUACAUGUAUUCAGCUGUGAUUGAAUGCUAUGAAACCCUUAGAGAAAUUCUCUUUGAGCUUUUGGAUGACCGAGAGGAUAAACUAGCAAUUAGACAAAUAUGUGAAAAAGUAGAAACUAGCAUACAGGAGCACAAAUUUUUAGCUGAUUUUCGUAUGGCUGGACUGCCUUUUCUUCAUGCCAAGUUGGAGAGGUUUCUGAAAUUACUGCUGAGUGACAGUGAUUAUACGGAUGAAGACCUAUACCAGUCUCAUAUAAUAAACGUUCUCCAGGAUAUUGUGGAGAUCAUUACACAUGAUGUCAUUUACAAUGACCUUGGUAUCUUUAAGAAGACUCAAGGCACUCAACAAGACCAUCAAAUCAAUGAUGAUGGCAAAAGAGAGCAGAGGUUUGAAAGGAUAAACAUCUCACUCUUACGUAAUAAAUCGUGGAGGGAAAAGGUUGUUCGGCUACAUGUUCUCUUGAGUGAGAAGGAGUCUGCAAUAAAUGUUCCUACAAAUCUGGAAGCACGCCGACGAAUGACAUUUUUUACUAAUUCAUUAUUCAUGACCAUGCCAUCAGCUCCAUAUGUUCGCAAUAUGGUUUCCUUUAGUGUUUUGACCCCUUAUUACAAAGAAGAUGUUCUCUAUUCAUGGGAUGAACUUCACGAAGAAAAUGAGGAUGGAAUUUCAACCUUAUUCUAUCUGCAGAAGAUAUAUCCAGAUGAAUGGAAUAACUUCAGGGAAAGAGUAAAUGAUCCAAAACUCGGAUAUGCUAGCAAAGACACCAGGGAGUUGGUUCGUCAUUGGGUAUCUUAUAGAGGGCAAACACUAGCUAGAACAGUUAGAGGAAUGAUGUAUUAUCGUCUGGCUUUGGAGCUUCAGUGCUUCUUGGAAUAUGCUGAAGAUACGGCUAUCUUUACUGGCUACCGAACCAUUGAGAAAAGUGAUACACAUAAGAAGAUUUUUGAAUAUUCUCAAUCUCUCACUGAUUUGAAGUUCACUUAUGUUGUCUCUUGUCAAGUCUAUGGUAAUCAGAAAAAAUCUAGUGAUGCUCGGGAACGAAGCUGUGCAAAUAACAUACUAAAUCUCAUGAUUACGUACCCAUCUUUGCGUGUUGCUUACAUAGAUGAGAGAGAGGAGAAAGUUGCUGAAAACAACGGGAAGGUCUAUUACUCUGUUCUGGUCAAAGGCGGUUUCAAGUUGGAUGAGGAAAUAUAUCGGAUCAAGCUUCCUGGUCCGCCUACAGAAAUCGGUGAAGGAAAGCCUGAGAACCAAAAUCAUGCCAUUAUUUUCACACGUGGAGAGGCCCUACAAACAAUAGACAUGAACCAGGAUAAUUAUUUUGAAGAAGCUUUUAAAAUGAGAAAUGUUUUGGAAGAGUUUCAAAAGUCACGUCGUAAGCGUCGAAAACCUACAAUAUUGGGUUUGAGGGAGCAUAUUUUCACUGGAAGUGUUUCAUCUCUAGCGUGGUUCAUGUCCAAUCAGGAGACUAGCUUUGUUACCAUUGGUCAGCGAGUCCUGGCCAACCCUCUGAGGGUACGUUUCCAUUAUGGCCAUCCUGAUAUAUUUGACAGACUAUUUCAUAUAACCAGGGGAGGAAUUAGCAAAGCUUCAAAAAUCAUUAACCUGAGCGAAGAUAUAUUCUCAGGUUAUAAUUCAACCUUACGUGGAGGUUUCAUUACACACCAUGAGUAUAUUCAGGUGGGAAAAGGCCGUGAUGUUGGAAUGAAUCAAAUAUCCCUUUUUGAGGCUAAAGUUGCCAAUGGCAAUGGUGAGCAAACACUUAGCCGUGAUGUUUAUCGACUUGGCCGCCGAUUUGACUUUUACAGGAUGCUUUCAUUCUACUACACCACAGUGGGCUUCUAUUUUAGUAGCAUGGUCACUGUUUUGACUGUAUACAUAUUUUUGUAUGGACGUCUGUACAUGGUAUUGAGUGGGCUAGAGAAAUCGAUCAUAGAUAGUGCAACAAUAAAUCAAACCAAGGCCCUUGAAGAGGCUCUAGCACCACAAAGUAUGUUUCAAAUUGGUGUACUUUUAGUACUUCCAAUGAUUAUGGAAAUUGGCUUGGAAAGAGGCUUUCGAACGGCAAUAGGUGAUUUUGUAAUCAUGCAACUUCAGCUGGCUUCUGUGUUCUUUACCUUCCAGUUAGGGACAAAAGCACAUUACUAUGGAAGAACUAUCUUACAUGGAGGUUCCAAGUAUCGAGCGACAGGGCGUGGUUUUGUUGUUUUCCAUGCAAAAUUUGCAGACAAUUAUAGGCGGUAUUCACGAAGUCACUUUGUGAAAGCUCUGGAACUUUUUAUUCUUUUAAUUGUUUAUGAAGCCUAUGGGGACUCAUACCGCAGCUCAAAUCUCUACCUUUUUGUUACGUGGUCCAUGUGGUUUCUUGUCGUCUCUUGGCUGUUUGCUCCGUUCCUCUUUAAUCCAUCUGGAUUUGACUGGCAAAAGACAGUUGAUGACUGGACAGACUGGAAAAGGUGGAUGGGAAAUCGUGGUGGAAUAGGUAUACAGCCAGAUAAAAGCUGGGAAUCAUGGUGGGAUGGAGAACAAGAACACCUGAAGCAUACAACUGUGAGGGGACGGUUCUUGGAAAUAGUCCUCUCUCUCCGCUUCUUCCUUUACCAAUACGGAAUCGUGUACCAUCUUGAUAUUGCUCAUGGAAGCAGGAGUGUCUUGGUCUAUGCACUUUCUUGGGUCGUCAUGGCUACUGUUCUUCUUGUCUUGAAGAUGGUCUCGAUGGGAAGGAGGAGAUUUGGUACUGAUUUUCAGCUAAUGUUUAGAAUUCUCAAAGGACUCCUGUUCCUUGGCUUUGUAUCGGUUAUGACUGUACUGUUUGUGGUCUGCAACCUCACCAUAAAAGAUCUCUUUGCUUCUAUCCUUGCUUUCUUGCCCACCGGGUGGGCUAUGCUUCUAAUUGGGCAAACUUGCAGGGGUUUGUUGAAAGCUUUAAAGUUCUGGGAAUCAAUUAAGGAGCUCGGCAGAGCCUAUGAAUAUGUGAUGGGACUGAUAAUCUUUAUGCCCAUCGCUGUAUUGUCGUGGUUUCCAUUUGUUUCCGAGUUCCAAACAAGGUUGCUGUUCAACCAAGCUUUUAGUAGAGGUCUGCAGAUUUCAAUGAUUAUUGCAGGGCGGAAAGAUCACUCCACCUCAGAUAUGCAAGGCUUAAGGGUGGUUGACUUGUAAAUUGUAAUGAUUCUUGUAGUAAACAAUUUUUAUUUAUACUAUUGUAAUUUCUCCCACUUUCUGUAAUGUAGCCAUUAUUACUAGUUUAUGCUCAACAUCAUCAGUAAGGUUUUGCUCCGCGUUCUCUAACACAGACACACAGUACUUACUAAGAUUCAUUUGUUCUGGAACCUCA